CUGUAGGAAGCUGGUAGGCAGCUAACAGCUGGCUAAACCUCCGACGUACCUCCCGUAUGUCCCUGAAGGCAUCGCGCGCGGAGCUGUGAAUAAACCCCGCACCUCAAUGCAUCUCCAGUGGCCGCGAUGGCAGCGACAUAAACGACGGCGGCAGCUAGCCCCCCCUUUUGUCGCCACUGCAGGAGGAUGCUGAAGCUGUUCGGUGCGCUGGUUGUCCUCGGACUGGCCCUGGCAUGCAUCACCUCCUGGGUGCUGGAUAGCUAUGACACGGCCUGGCACCCUAAACGCAGCAUUCGGCACCCGGCUGAUGGAGAUGGAUCUAAAGGGAACACUCCACCAUUUCCUGGCGACGACUUAAACAAUAUAUUCUGGUUUGUACAGGUGUCGGACAUCCACAUCAGCCGAUUUCACGACCCAAGACGUAUUCCAGAUUUUGAGAAGUUCUGCACCGACACCAUUGAGGUGAUCAAACCAGCUCUAGUCCUCGCAACAGGAGAUCUGACAGAUGCUAAAACAGAGAGUAAGGUGGGUUCGCUUCAACACGAGGUGGAAUGGCAAGCCUACCACAACGUCCUGAAGAGGUCACAAGUGAUGGAGCGCACCAAGUGGAUUGAUAUACGUGGAAAUCAUGAUGCCUUCAACAUAAUUUCUUUGGAAAGCGUCAACAAUUAUUACAGAAAAUACUCAGCCAAUCAGAAAAUAGGCUCCUUUCAUUAUGUCCACACUACCCCCUUUGGCAACUACUCCUUUGUCUGUGUGGAUGCAACCCUGACGCCGGGACCCAAGAGACCAUACAAUUUCUUUGGAAUCCUCAAUCAGACUCAGAUGGACUCGCUGAACACAUUCAGAGCAGAUAGUUUGAAAACCAACCAGUCCAUCUGGUUUGGCCACUACACCACCUCCACCAUCGUCUCCCCGUCUCCUGGAGUCAGAGACAUGAUGAGGUCUGCGGUGGCGUACCUGUGUGGCCACCUGCACACGCUCGGAGGCCUCAUGCCAGUCCUCCACAGCCGCCAUCCCUCCGGCACUCUGGAGCUGGAGCUGGGUGACUGGAUGGACAACCGCAGGUACAGGGUCCUGGCCUUUGACCAUGACCUGCUGAGUUUCUCUGACCUCCAGUUUGAGCGGUGGCCUGCAGUGCUCAUCACAAACCCUAAAGACGCACAGUACCUUCAUCCGGGGGUGGAGCCUCUGGACCGAAUACGGAGAUCAACCCACAUAAGGAUCUUGGCCUUCUCAGAGGCUCCAAUCACUGCGGUCCAUGUGAGCAUAGACGGGGAGCCUUUGGGGACCGGCCGCUCCGCUGGGGGGCCCCUCUAUGUUCUGCUAUGGGAUCCGUCACUUUACCUCGUUGGGCUGCACACAAUCACAGUUAAAGUGGAGGACUCAGCAGGCCGUUCAACUGUUCGGGAGCAGCACUUCACCCUGGAGGACAGCGUAACCCCCAGCUUCGGUUUCACUCAGUCCUUCAUCCUCCUAUCAGACCACUACAUCCUGGGCCGAGCCCUCUUCCUAAUCACCAUGUUGCUGAACGUCGGCGUGCUUCUCGCCUUCAGGUUCCUCCGGUUUCCCUUGAGCAGAGCACUCCCCUCUCAAAUAUGUUUAUCCCUCCACCUGGUCAGUAAAAUGGACCUUUUCUUCUACUCUCUGCUGCUGUUCAACCUGUGUACAGCGUUAGGUCCGUGGUUCGUUGGGGAGCUGAUAGAUGGACACAGCGGCGCCUGCUUCGCCUUCGGCGUGUUCGUCGAUGGCCAUUUCCUGGAAGGAAGUCUCACUUAUGUUGUGGGAGUCAUUCAACUGCUGUUCUUCAACAUUCCCCUCACCUUUUACCUCUGCUGGAGCCUUUACCACCGUUCCCACGGCAACACCCUGCGAUCCCACUUGGUGCGGCCGGGCCGCCGCUGUCGGACUCUGGCGGUGCACCUCCUCAUGCUGCUGCUGCUCGGCUGGCAGGCCCACUCCUGCUACUUCCUCCUGGAGACCUACGGCGCCACGGCCUUCUUCCUGUCUCCCGUCCGCACGUGGGCUCUGGCGCUCAGCUUGGUCUUGGUCUACCGUGCCUGGACAGGCCCCGCCCCUCUGUUUCGCGACAACAGCAAGAGCAACUCUUCCUCUUGA